CGGCAGUCGCUCGAGUACUCGGAAACCUCGGGAAAAAUCUCGCCUAACAGUUGCCUCCAUCUCAGCCUCCUUGUUCCUUGACCAGUUUAGGAUAACUAUAGAGACAGAGGAACUGAAAACAAUAGUGACCUAACUCUUUUUCUCGAAAAGCAAAAAGAGUGAAUAUUGUGUAAAUUUGCCGAGUGUUGAGGAAAUUUUCCGAAAAAGUGUUGACUAUAAGAUGAAGUGUGUCAUAUACCUAUGAAGACUGAUACCAAGUUCUUUUCACGGUCAAAGACUUUUGUUGAAAUAAAAUAUUAGGGACUAAAAUAAAAUAAAAUGAGUGUAGCAUUGGUAACGAUGGAGUCUACCUACGGAUUGCGAUUGGGCAUCCCAAGUCAUCAUCAUCAUCCUCUUCUUCAUCAUCACAGAGUGUGUUCGCCACCUUUGGCAGAAAGCCACGUGGUCUCGAGGCAGGUCCAACGCGAGGAACAACAAGAAUCAGAUGCACCUUUAAGAUUCAGUGUAGUGAACAUCCUGAGACCAGACUUUGGAAGAGAGGCGAUUCAGAACACCAGAAGCUCUGCUAAAUCAAAUGUUGUUAAACCAGUGGCUCAGAGUCUAAUUUCACUCCCACGUGAUUUGAGUCUUUCCACCUCGAGGCUGUCUUCAGAAUCACCCCCGAUGAGUUAUACUCAGAGGGAGAGAGAAUUUUCAUCCCACUGUGGAUUGACGUCACCACUUCAAAGGCAUUCCGGAUUGAGCAGAAGCGGAAGUCUUGAAAGUCUUGCCAGCAGUAGAAGUUCCGUGACUAGCAGUUCCGUAACCGGCGCUUCGUCCUUGUGCUCGACCUCGUCCGCCAUCGGUGUAGAAUCUGUGAGUGGUGAAAGUAACACCGGAAGCACAAACUCCGGAAUUGACACAAAGAACGGUACCAAUCAGAGCCUGUGGCCGGCGUGGAUUUACUGUACCAGAUACUCUGACAGACCCUCUUCUGGACCCCGCACCAGACGAGUGAAACGUUCCUCGACCAGUGACAAGAACAGCUCUCCCGAAGAGAAACGGCCUAGAACGGCCUUCAGUGCAGAACAGCUGGCGAGACUGAAGAGAGAAUUCACGGAGAACAGAUACUUAACUGAGAAACGAAGACAGCAGCUCUCGAGGGACUUGGGCCUGAACGAGGCCCAAAUCAAGAUCUGGUUCCAGAACAAGAGGGCGAAGAUCAAGAAAGCCACUGGGCAGAAGAACCCUCUCGCACUGCAGUUGAUGGCUCAGGGACUCUACAAUCACUCCACCGUUCCCGUCGACGAGGAUGGCGAGGAGAUCGACGCCAGUGAAAAUCAGCAGUCGUAAAUCCCGCGAGAGCGAGAAAACCAGUGAAACCUCCUGCUAACCGAGACGAUUUCUCCUCGCCGUAGAGAUGGACGAUAACUCGGCGGACGACGCGAUUACAGAAGAUUCGCGGUCAGCACGACGAAGCACAUGUACAAAAAUGGAAGCUGGAUUAUGAGGAUUGGAAUGAUAAAGGUUCGCUUAUAAAGUAUCGAAAAAAUUGAUUCCUUGUCAGUAUCAAAUUCCCUGAUGAAGAUCGAGGUUCAUUUUUUUUUUUUUUUUUUGAGAAGGCUGCAUUCCGGCUUCCAGUGAUUGAUUAUAGUGACUGGUUCUGAAUAGACUGAUGUAUACUUUUUCGUCUCAAUAUCUGUGCAUUUAUCAACUGCGGUUGUACUCACGAUUUGUAGAAUCCGCUUUACCGUAUAAUUUUUUAGAACAGCAACCUUUAUCAUUAUUUUCAAUUAAUUGGUGAAAUCAAAUUUUUCCAAAAACGAUUUCUUUUGAAGGUAAGGGAAGUUGCACUGUAUUAAACUGUAUUGAUGUCGACUUUAUUUAUUAACUGUAUGCAUAUGUAGAAGUAUAUAUACAUAUAUAGCGAGACGGGGAGAGAAAGGUCUAUUUAAAUGAGGCCUUUAAAAUAUUUAUUUCGUUGUAAAUAAUUUUGUAAAUAGCGAAACUUAGUACUGUGAAUAUGUGUAUAAUAG